CAUUCCCUUGCAAUUCUCAACUAGCUAGCUAGAAGAAGAAUGAAGACUAAUCCUAUUGAGCUUGGUUUAUCCAAGAAUUCUACUUCUUCUACACACAAACGCAAAAGGGGAGUAUCCAUAUUAGACUCUUUCUUGAGGAUAAUUGCAUUUAUUGGUACUUUAGCAAGUGGAAUUCUUAUGGGAACUACUAAAGAAACACUCCCUUUCUCCACACAGUUUUUUCGGUUCAGGGCUGAGUUUGAUGAUCUUCCAACUUUCACGUUUUUUGUGGUUGCCAAUGUGGUCGUGUGUGGCUAUUUGCUCCUUUCUCUUCCACUUUCUAUCUUCAACAUUGUGAGAAGCAAUGCAAAGAACAGUAGAAUUAUCUUCAUUAUAUUUGAUACGGUAAUGGUGACUCUUUUAACUGGUGGAGCAGCAGCAGCAGCAGCAAUUGUAUACUUGGCGCACAAGGGAAAUACUAGGGCAAACUGGUUUGCUAUCUGCCAACAAUUCAACUCCUUCUGCGAACGCAUAUCCGGCUCCUUGAUCGGGUCCUUUGUCGGAAUAGCAGUGUUAAUAUUGCUAAUCUUUCUCUCUGCUGUGGCCAUUUCCCGGUGAAACUAGAUCAAUCAUUCCAUAGUUCUGCAUCACAAUAAUGAAGUUAUAUUUGUAUUUAUGUGCUUGUUUGUCAAUUAUUGUCUCUGUAUGCAUAUGAUUUAUGUAUGUCAUCUUUUCUUGUCAUUUUCUCUGGUUUGGCAAGAAAUGGAAUAUGAUACCUUCUGCUUUCUUUCCUA